AUGGCUUCGAUCUUGUCCACCAUCAUGUUUGCGGCUCCUGACUUGCCUUUGGCGCUGCCGUCCGUCAGCUCGGCUGCCAGCAUGGCCACGCAAGCUUCUGUUGCUUCCCGAAGCUCUGCUUCGAUUGCAGCCACCGUGUCUGCAAGCGUUGCCUCAAUUGCUUCGAUUGCAUCCACAGUCUCCGCCACGGUUGCUUCGGCAUCGUCUGCAUCAGUUGCCUCAGAAUCGUCUGCAUCAAUUGCCUCAGCAUCAUCAGCGUCAAUGGCCUCGGCAUCAUCAGCGUCAAUCGCCUCGGCAUCGUCAGAAUCGGCGGCGUCAGCAUCAGCUGCCUCAGGAUCAUCAGCAUCAGCCGCCUCGGCAUCGUCAGCAUCGGGCGCGCCCGUAGUCUCAGACACAGCACCCCCACCGAACAGCAGCAGCUUUUCCGUUGCGCCUGUCGCUGGCGCGGUCGGUGGCGGUGCUGGUUUGAUCAUUGUGAUUGUGCUCGUCGUCCUUUUGCGACAACGUCGGCGCCGACAACAGAAAAGUAACCCCAAUUUGAAAACCAAGCCAUCUUCUGUCCCUGCUAUUCACUCCUUGGAGCUUCAAGAGCCGAUGUAUACAACUCCUGCUGCGAUUUACGCCGCUGCUGCGUCGUCGACCGUCGUUUAUGCCGAAGCAUCGGACAACACCACGUAUCCCUCCGCCCCCGGUUUCACUGAAGCAACUGCGGGCGAUGCAUUCAGCAAUUACGCAGGAAAUGUUCGCAGCCCGACGUACGACAACGCUAAUGUAGGCGCUGCAGGUGCGAGCUCUAUGACUGCAGCCAUUUACCCACGGGUCGAUGCAUCCCAAAGUAGCAAGCCAGCAACAGACAGCUUGUAUGACAAAGUAGUGGCCGUGGUCGACUUGGAGGAGUACAACUCGGCAACGUCGAGCAGGAUUUACGACUACGCCCUCCCACUCACUCACCUUUUGCGCGAACGGCUCGACUUUGGCUCGCAGCUUGGAUCUGGUGCCUUUGGCGUGGUGCGGCUUGGACAACUGCCCCGCUCUUUGGUUCCGGCCAUGGCGCGAGAUCUGCUGGUCACUCCUAACCAACCCUUCUUGAACGUUGCAAUCAAAACGCUCCAGGAAGGUGCCAGCGAGAAAAACCGCAGCGAAUUUGUGGAAGAGGCAAGCAUGGUGGCCAAGUUCAACAACCCCAACAUUGUGCGGGCUAUCGCAGUGCUGCUCGAGGCUGAGCCAUGCAUGAUUAUCUUGGAACUCAUGCCUUUCGGCGAUUUGCGCAAAGUGAUGCAGCAGUCCAAGCAGCAAAACCUCUCGUGGACCUUAGCCGAAUUCGGGCAUGUGCUCGCUCAGGUGGCCUCCGGUUUGGAGUACCUGGCGUCUAUCCGUUUUGUGCAUCGCGAUCUUGCGGCUCGCAACUGCCUGGUAGGAGCUGGGUUGUCGGUGAAGAUUUCCGACUUUGGACUUUCUCGGUCGUUGUCUGUCAAGGAUUACUAUCACAUGGAAACCAAAGGGCGUCUGCCAGUCAGGUGGAUGGCUCCAGAGUCGCUCAGCUUCUUCAAGUUCUCACACGAAAGCGAUAUUUGGUCGUUUGGUGUUCUUUCUUGGGAGGUCUUCUCGUACGGCACGUCUCCGUUUGCAAAGGUGCUCGGCCGCGACCUUCUUGCUCACAUCGAAGCUGGAAACCGACUGGCUCAACCAAAGGAUUGCCCAUUCCACACUUACGUGCUGCUCCUUUCGUGCUGGCAACUGGAACCCGAAAAACGUCCGACCGGUGCUACGCUGCGCCAGGCAUUCAGAGAGAUGGCCCUGCAUCAACCGGUUCGUGAUAUCGGCGCGUUGUGA